ACUGAAUCAUCCGCAUCUCCUCCUUCCACAUUAUCAUCUGAAUCAACAUCAGAAUUCUCAACUGAAUCAUCUGCAUCUCCACCUUCCACAUUAUCAUCUGAAUCAACUUCCGAAAUCUCAACUGAAUCAUCCGCAUCUCCACCUUCCACAUUAUCAUCUGAAUCAACAUCCGAAAUCUCAACUGAGUCUUCUGCCUCUCUACCUUCCACAUUAUCAUCUGAAUCAACAUCCGAAAUCUCUACUGAAUCAUCUGCAUCUCCACCUUCUACAUUAUCAGCUGAAUCAACAUCCGAAUUCUCAACUGAAUCUCCCGCCUCUCCACCUUCCACAUUAUCAUCUGAAUCCACAUCCGAAAUCUCAACUGAAUCUUCUGCCUAUCCACCUUCUACAUUAUCAUCUGAAUCAACAUCCGAAUUCUCAACUGAAUCAUCUGCAUCUCCACUUUCCACCUUAUCAUCUGAAUCAACAUCAGAAUUCUCAACUGAAUCAACUGCAUCUCCACCUUCCACCUUAUCAUCUGAAUCAACAUCAGAAUUCUCAACUGAAUCAUCUACAUCUGCAUCUUCCACAUUAUCAUCUGAAUCAACAUCUGAAAUCUCAACUGAAUCAACUGCAUCUCCACCUUACACCUUAUCAUCUGAAUCAACAUCCGAAUUCUCAACUGAAUCAUCUGCGUCUCCACCUUCCACAUUAUCAUCUGAAUCAACAUCCGAAUUCUCAACUGAAUCAUCUGCAUCUCCACUUUCCACCUUAUCAUCUGAAUCAACAUCUGAAAUCUCAACUGAAUCAACUGCAUCUCCACCUUACACCUUAUCAUCUGAAUCAACAUCCGAAUUCUCAACUGAAUCAUCUGCAUCUCCACUUUCCACAUUAUCAUCUGAAUCAACAUCCGAAAUCUCAACUGAAUCAACUGCAUCUCCACCUUCCAUCUUAUCAUCUGAAUCAACAUCCGAAAUCUCAACUGAAUCUUCUGCCUCUCCACCUUCCACGUUAUCAUCUGAAUCAACAUCCGAAAUUUCAACUGAAUCAUCUGCAUCUCCACCUUCUACAUUAUCAUCUGAAUCAACAUCAGAAUUCUCAACUGAAUCAUCUACCUCUCCACUUUUCACAUUAUCAUCUGAAUCAACAUCCGAAUUCUCAACUGAAUCUUCUGCCUCUUCACCUUCCACAUUAUCAUCUGAAUCAACAUCAGAAAUCUCAACUGAAUCAUCCGCAUCUCCACCUUCCACAUUAUCAUCGGAAUCAACAUCAGAAUUCUCAACUGAAUCAUCUUCUCCACCUUCCACCUUAUCA